UACUUCGUUUAAGUGAGAAGAUUAUUAAAAGCACUGCAUUAAACAACAUGGCAGAAAAAUCAUUAAACACUUUACCUCUAUCCAGAGUAAAAACUAUAAUGAAAAGUUCUCCUGAAGUUUCAAGUAUUAGUCAAGAAGCCCUCCACUUAACAGGAAAGGCUACGGUAAACGUGUAUUAUUUCUUAAGCUUAUUAUAAUACGAUGUUACAAUGUUUAAUAGUUAAACUAAUUAAAUUUAACUACUUUACUACUUAACUAAGUCUCAUAACUACUACACUUGGACUCUUAGUACUUAGUUAGACUGGCUUAGUUUAGUGACUUAGUGCUAAGGCAGGGGCCGGGAACCUUUUUGUCUGAGAGAGCCAUGGACACCACAUAUUUUGAAAAGUAAUUCUGUGAGAGCCAUUCAUACAUUAUUGGCCGGCACUACGUACACCGCGGCGGUGUACCUAGCGAAACUAUUGACUUUGGCCUGCGUACACCGCGGCGGUGUACCUAGCUAAAUCAUGGUCUGUGGCCUGCGUACACCGCAGAGAUUUAAAGUAGCAAAACUAUGGUCUUUGCGAGUCUUUAACUUUUUUGGCCUAACCAGUAGGCCUACUUGUAGAUUUAAUGUUAUACUAGUGUUAAAACUGAAAACUAUUUAUUUAAAAUUCGUUUAUUACCUUGGGAAGAUAUUGAGUAAAAUCCACGCUUAUGUGGCAAAGUGCAUGUAAAGCAUUUCUUCUUAUUUUUGGAAGGGAGGGGGCUGGGGGGGUGUAAUGUUAAACCAUGAUUUAUUUUUAAAGUUAACCACUUUAUUCCCCCCUCCCCCAAUAUCUUGAAAUACAAAUAUAUUUAUUAAUUGUAAGUUUUAUCAUAUGAUUGUGAAUCUUAAUUUGAAAUUAUUCUCUCAUGCCCACCCCCCCCCCGUUGUUUGUUGUUGUUGUUUUUUUUUUGUUUUUUUUUUGGGGGGGGCAUUAUAAAUAUAACAUUGUAUGUGAUCCCUCGGGCAUGGUGUAAAAAUGAAUUGGAAGACAGUGAAUCUAUUUUGUUAGCACCAAGAUAUAAUUACGCCACAAAUACACUACGGGAAGAGAAUCACAUACUCAUACAUUGAUCAUGAAGUCGUGAAGUUAAAGUAGUCCGAGGCAUUGUCAUUGUGACACCAAGCAUGUGUCAACACAAAACAGCAGUAAGAUGAUCAAUACGAAACACUGCAGUUAUUUGAAAGUCUUUUAACAAUAAUUAAAAAUCAUUGAUUUAGUUUUACAUUGGCAUUACACAUUAGUAAAAAAAAUGCAGGCAGAGGGAGGGGGGAUGCAAAAGGUAAGUUGGUUGUGCGGACGUCCUUUGUGGACAACCCCUAUCCUGAGCCGUGAUUUGUGAAUGCCCUCUUUUUGGUUAAGCCUCUGCCCAUAACUCACCACCACCCCCCACUCCCCGGCAAGGAUCGAUUUCUUUAAAAAAAAAAACAACAACAAAUACAAAAACUUUGACAUAGUGCAAAUCCUGUCCCAGGCGCAUUGUGCAAUGGUUUCUGUGAGAAAACGUCGCGUUUUACCCUGAGAAUAGCACAUGCCAUGCCAUUCUGGAAACAAAUUCCGUCAUGAAAAGGGUAAACGCAGACCUAUGGCUUUGCUAUACAGUUUGCUAGCGCUCCGCAAGUUUCUAAAAUCGAGGUGUUUUCAAAAGAUUUGCUGUGAGACUGAGUGUUGUGAAUGAACCUUUAAUAUCGUAUGUACAUUUUGCCAAUGCAUAAGGCAUAGUGAAAGCAAGAUGGCUGAAAUACGACCAUGCACAUUAAUGACAUUAAUAUUCAUAUGCAUGAAUAUUAUUCAUACUGGUAUUUUCUUUGGGUGUUCGUAAAAGUAAAAUGUAAAUAUUCAAGUACACGAAGAAUGUUGAAAUACAAUAGAAUAUCAGUCACUUAGUAUUCAUAAUGUUUCUGUUAUACAUGAUCAUCAUGUAUUACAUGCGCUUUCAGAAACAUUUGUUUUCAAAUGUCUAAAGUCUUAUUACUAAAGUUAUCGGUAUUUUCAAAGUCAAAGGCCGGUACAACUUGUUGAAACACUGACUUAUAUAUAUAAAUAAAUAUAUAAAGUGUUUCUAAUAUAAUAUUUAAACAUAUAUUUAAAUUGUUAAAAUUGCUACAAAAUAUUUUAAAACUAAAAUGGGAGGAAAAAAACUCGAUCCCCUACUGAGAAUUGAUCUCAAACUAUAUUAUCGCCAAGCGUCCACUCUACCACUUGACCACACAAGAUCUUCUCUAACAAGUAUAUCUUAAAACCAGGCCAAUGGUAAAUUUUUGCCGCGGUGUACCCAGGCCAAAGCCCACGAUUUCACUAGGUACACCGCCGCGGUUUACGCAGGCCAAAGCCGAUGGUUUCGCUAGGUACACCGCCGCGGUGUACGCAUCCACUUCGUACAUUAUUAUGUUUAAAACUUUAAAAAUAAAAGUAAAUGUGUGUAAUUUCAAAACUAAAAAUGCAAUAAUUAUGUAUCUGAAUUCUUUUUAAUAACAUUAUUAUGCUGUUGCUAAUCAAUAAUGAGUAUUUCUUACCAUUAAUGCAACUUUUUUUUAUAAUCGAACAUUUGUCUGCGAGCCAGAUGCAGCCAUCAAUAGAGCCAUAUCUGGCUCGCGAGCCAUAGGUUCCUGACCCCUGUCCUAAGGACUUUAUUUGUAAAGUUUAUCAAUUUCAUUUUUCUGGAUUUUAUAAAAAGUGGUGUUAUGUUGUUUCUUUCGGUAAUAUUUUAAACCCCCCCCCCCUUCCUUUUUUACCUUUGGUAAUGUCUACACGUCCGGAGCGCAAUCUGCACUAUUUGUCCGGCGACCAAUUCACAUGACCGCCGGAAGAAUACUUUAUCGAGAUAUUCGUCCGGCGACCAAGUCACAUGACCGCCGUAACAAAGUGGCGAGAGAUAUUUGUCCGUCAGCCUUGUCACGUGACCGUGAAUGAUUCAAAACUAUUGUUAAUCUUAAAAUCUAUUUCUCUACCAAGCAAUGUACUGAGUAUCUUGCAAACAAAUAACCAAAAAAAAUACUUGGGUAUAUUACCAAAACAAAGUGGGGGUUAAGUAAUUAUGCAUUCUGGAAGGAAGCACUGCUGAGAGGGAGGGAAUUACAGUAAUAAAAAAUAUGAAUGCUAAAAAAAUAAUAGUGAGGGUGAUAAAUAAUUAAGUUUAAUGGCGGGGGGGGGGGGAGCCGAUAGUUUAAAAAAAAAUAGACCUACAUUUUAACAUAUACUGAAAUUAAAAAAGGGGAUGAUAGUUUUUAUAAAGUAAAAUGUUGUGGGUUUUUUUUUUUGGUACUUUCUACAAUUACAGUGGAAUAGCACUAUUGUCAAGUUUUAAAAUGUAUUAUAUUUGGAAAUCUUUAAUUUUUUGUUGAAAGCUAAGAUGUGUUAUUUUAAAAUUUAAACUUACCGUAUUUUUCGGCGUAUAAGACGACUUUUUAACCCAUGAAAAUCUUUUCAAAAGUCGGAGGUCGUCUUAUACGCCCGGUGUCGUCUUAUGAGCUGGUAUACAACCCAAACCCUAGAUUUUAACAGGAAAAUACGGUACGUUAAAUUCUGCUAUAUCAACUAUUGAAUAUUUCUUGUGCAGGAGUAAACAAAUACAUUGCAGCUGAGUGAUAUGUGCCUGGAAAUGUUUAACUCGUACCUAAAAUUUCUUAAUUUUGAUUCAUGGGUUUUUUUUAGCCUGUAUUCGCAUAAGCUUCUAAAUUACAUUCAGUUUUGUCUAUCAGUGAUAAGUUUAUUUAUUACAAAAUUUACAUGGAUCAUCACUAACUGCAAUCUGUUUCCAGCAAACAAUUAAUAAAAUAAUAGUCACAUAAGGCAUGAGCCCUUGGUAAUUUUGUUAAUAUUUAUCUUCAGGAAUUAUUUAUUCAGGCACUGGCUAAAUUCUCCUACCAACAGAGCAGCAGCAAAUCAUCACUACAAUAUAAAGACCUGGCGGAAAUUGUUAAUUCAGAGGAUACUUUGCAGUUUCUACAUGGUAACCAACCAUUUAUUGUCUUGAGAUAUGAAAUGUUUUAAUUUUUUUCUUUAAAUAGUAGAGCCAGGUAUGUGAAAGCUUGAAUCAAAAGACAGGACAGUAAGAUGUGAACGUUUUAACUAAGAGCCUUCCUCAGCAAACCAGACAAAGUAUAAUACGACAAGAAACAGAGCACUUGCAUUUUUAACUGUGCACUGUUUCUUGUCGUAUUUUCAUUUGAAUGUAGUCCUUCAUUUAUUAUCUAAUUAUUUUCAUGUGAAAGUCUGAUGUACAUUGAGAUACAUAUUAUUUAAUCUAUGUUCUUCUUAUUUACCUAAUUUAAUUGAAAUAAAUAAUAUAUUUACCAACAAUUUUUUUUAAGAACUGAGAUUAGGAAUAUUUGACAAUGGCAAUCUGUAAACUCUCAAAGUAAUUUAUGCUAACUGGUUAUCAAUUUUUUUAUUUGAUAUGAUUGUGUUACUUACAUGGGCUCUUAAACUUCUUUGUUCCAUGUCUUUUCUGGUCAGAUUAAGGCUACAGACCCCUUCUUAGAGAAGUGUUUUUACAUACCGGGUACAUAAAAUUGCAAAAAAAAAAUGCAGAAAAUGGAACUUCUAACAGCAUUUCAUGGAGCCCUGUAAUAACUCCUUAAAAUUGGUAAUUGUUCGACUAUCUGAAAACUCAAACCUAUUGCAUGUGGAUGGCUACAAAAACCCUGGGAUUAUUCAUUUUUUAUUUUACAGAUAUUGUUCCAAGGAAAAUCAAGGCGAAACAGUACCUAAAAAUGUUGAGAGAGCAAGAUGAGGAUGACUGAACUGUAAUUACUUGUGAAUAUUGUGUAGGAAUUGUAUGGCUAUGAAUGAUAUAUUAGAAGUACUUGCAAAUGGAAAAAAGGAAUGUAUUUUUUUUCUGACCGAGGUAAAUGAUUUGUAAGAAAGAACAUGCAAGAUUAUAUAUUUCAUUGCAUAUGUUAAGAAAAUUGAUUCUUGAACAGUUUACGCUGAAAAGAACCUGCAACUUUUAAAAUUCUUUACCCCCCCACCCCCCGAAAAUUUAGAGAAUAAACAAAAACUAUUUAAUGCAGUGCAGAUUAGAAAUUCAUGUAAUUGAGGACAAACACUCCUAGAGUGACUCCUAAUUCCUUUGUUGAAGACAUUAAACAGAAGAUAGGAAAUUUUACUGAAAAAUAACACAAAUAAUAAAAAUAAAUUCCAGCUUUAAUAGUCCUAUAAUUUGACACCUUUGACCUCAUUUCAUAAGAUGCAUACAGAUUUAAAAACAGGUUCAUUUUUAUACUGUACUUGUUAUUUGUUGAAUAAUGUAAAUAAAAAAGGGGAAAAAAUCAAGCAUUGGGUAUUUUAACUUUUAUCAUUCAUAUUUUAUCUUCUUUCAUCUGAUGCUCACAAAUGAUAAGUAAACUCUUGUUAAUUGGAGGUAAUCUUGACCAAUUAACAACAUAAUACAGAGAUUCUCAAACUUCGAACAUGUACCUUUGGUGGUAGUAAUACAUAAGAUUGCUCAGGUGCUACAAUGAAUAUAACGUAACAAAAAUUAGUUUAACAAAAAGACAAAUGAGUAAUAUGCUGUAAAUUAACUUUUGGCCAUUGACGUAAGUGGUACAACAUUCCAUAAAGUUUGAGAGCACCUGAUACAACCCCACAUUAAAAAAUCACCACUCACACACAGCUUUGUAUCAAGCUCUGCUUUCAAAUUAACAUACAUUCUAGUGGAUGACAGUAACAUGCAAAGUACAUAUUAAACGUAGCACAUUUGUCAAUCCUUUCCUGUGUGUUUAAAGAAAUAUCUUCGGAUGGUUAAUUGACCCACUACCCAUCAUCUUAUUGAACUGAAACUUGGGACAUAGACUCGUAACCAUUACAAUUAGACUUGUAACCAUUACAAACCCAUUCAAUAAACAACCCCCCUCACCCCACAGUUUUUCUUGUUAUUCAAGGGAAGAUAAAUGAUAAAUGCAAUAUGAUUUGUUCAAUGGAUUUGUGCUUUGGUUUGGAGAUUGUGUAGCCGUUGCUAUGCGCUUGGUAAUUGUGUCAUAUUUGGGUAAGCAGUAAAAAUAAAAUGUGUUUUUGAAUGGGAAAAUGAAGGAAAUAAGAAGUGUGAAUUCACCAGAAGUUUACCCAUUUACAUAACCGCUUCUUAAUACUUUAUAAAUCACGUGCAAUUACUUAAGUGC